AGCGAUCAUGGGCUCUUCUUCUAGAAAUCUCUAUGCAGGAAUUGGAUAAGGUCGGCCACCACUCUUUGAUGGCACCAACUACUCUUAUUGGAAGGAACGGAUGAGAAUCUAUAUUCGUUCCACCAACUUCCAAUUGUGGUUGGUGAUCGAAAAUGGCGAAGAAAUCCCUAUGAAGAAAGUGGGAGAAACCACGGUUCCAAAGACCGAAAACGAAUUUGAUGCCGAGGACAUUAAGAAGAUUGAAAACUAUGCAAAGGCCAUCAACAUACUAUAUUGCACGGUCAACCCCGAUGACUACCGAAAGCUCCUGUUGCACAACCGCCAAGGAGAUGUGGGACAAGCUUGAAGUGACGUACGAAGGUACCGAUCAAGUUCGUGAAGCCAAGAUCGAUUUUCUCACCCAAGAGUAUGAAAUGUUCCGAAUGAAAGAAGGUGAGAAAAUCGAUGACAUGUUCGACCGGUUCUCAAAGAUCAUCAACGAUCUUCAUACUCUCAAAAAGACUUACACCAACAAGGAUCUUGUGAGGAAAAUCCUGCGGAGUCUCACACCCGAAUGGAGGUCAAAAGCCGAUGCAAUCUACGAGUCCAUUGGAGUCUCCAACGUCACCAUCGACAGGCUAAGAGGUAACCUUAAAACCUAUGAAUCUACUAUUCUAACCCCGUCUUUGGAUGAACAAAAGAAAAAGGGGAUAGCUCUCAAAGCCACCAAGGAACUGGUGGAAGAGGCUUCAAGCGAUGACGACAAUGAAUUCGGGCUCGUCAUCAAGAAGUUCCACAAGUUCAUGAAGAAGGAAUUUGAGCGGAAGGGAAGGAAGCACGACGGUCCUCCCAAGUGCUACGGCUAUGGCGAGAUUGGCCACAUCAAGCCAAGGUGUCCAAAGGCCAAACACGGCAAGGACAAGCCUGGCUUCAAGAAGCAAAGGGCCUACAUCUCUUGGGGUGGCGAUUCCGGCGACGAAUCAACCGACCAAGAGGAGGACGAAGCUGCAAAUCUCUACCUUAUGGCGCACGAAGAUCAAAGCGGCGACGUCCAAGAGGUAUGUAACAUUUCUUCCGACUCUUAUACUUUUGAAGAAAUGCAAGAAGCACUUCAUGAACUUUAUGAGGAAUUUGUUAGCGCUUCUAAAACAAAUAAAUCUUUGAAGAAACGACUUUCUUUACAUGAAAACGACUGAAAAAUUGGAAAAAGAAAAUUAAAUACUUAAACAAGAAAACAAUUUUUUUGGAAAAAGAAGCGCUGACAAACCUGAAAGCUCAUCAAGUGAAUGUGGGUCUUGUAACGCUUUAAAAGAGCAAGUUGCUAAACUUGAGAGCACGGUCAAGAAAUUUAAUACUCCUCAUAAAGACUUAAAUUUACUUCUUGACACUAUGCAUUUUUCUAAGGAAGGAAUAGGUUUUGAUAAAAGUAAAGCUAAAGAUAAUGU